GUUAAUUAUAAAAGUCGCGAACUUUUUAUCAGUUGUAUCAGUUAACCACUGGACUUCACAACAAUAACAAUGUUCUCCAAGGUGCUGUGCUUCGCCGCUCUGGUGGCUAUAGUAGCCGCCCAGUCCGACCACGGCCACCAUGAGCACCACCACGGCUUCUCCUCGCAGCACAUCUCGCGCCACGAUGGCAAAGCUGAGAAAGUUAGCGUUAAAGGACACGAUGGACAUGAACACCACUAUGAUUACUAUGCCUAUCCUAAAUACGAUUUUGAGUACAAAGUAGAGGACAAGCACACCGGCGACCUCAAGACCCAGCACGAGACCCGCGAUGGAGAUGUCGUGAAGGGCUACUACUCCCUGCACGAGCCUGAUGGUUCCGUCAGAGACGUCCACUACCACAGCGACAAGCACACUGGGUUCCACGCCACCGUGAAGCACAACACCCACCACGUCGUUCUGUGCCUCGCUGCUCUACUGGCCGCAGUGGCCGCCCAGUCCGACGACGGCCACCACGGCCACCACCACGGCUACUCCUCGCAGCACAUCUCGCGCCACGACGGCAAACCAGAGAAAGUCACUGUUGAAGUAAAAGACAAACACGGACAUCAUGAACUUCACUACGAUUACUAUGCCCACCCUAAAUACGAGUUCGAGUACAAAGUAGAGGACAAGCACACCGGAGACCUCAAGAGCCAGCACGAGACCCGCGACGGAGACGCCGUGAAGGGCUACUACGCUCUGCACGAGCCUGAUGGUUCCGAAAGACACGUCGACUACCACAGCGACAAGCACACUGGGUUCCACGCCACCGUGAAGCACAACACCCACCACAUCGUCCCAGAGCACCACCAUCACCACUAAAAAAUGAUAUAAUUUGUA